UUAAAUAUUAAGACCGGAUAGAAAGAAGACUAGGCGGGAGAGCUUAUUGGAUCUGCAAAGAGAAAAGUAUACUUACUAUUAUUAAUUUAAUACAAAUCAGCCGCAGUUUUCAGUCGUUGCUUUGGGUCUUUUUUGUUUAUAUUAAAUCUUCUUAGCGUUCUUCUUCAGAGAUUCUUGGACUUGGACUCCACAAUAAAAGAAACAAAAAGGUUUUGGUGUGCCAGCUUGCAACUUUCUAUUCUCUCUGGUAAAAGGAUAGUCAAAAUCUUUGAUACGCAAAUGGCUAUAAAGAAGAAUGGAUUCAUUCCAAGUUCUGCACCAGAAGAACUGAAGAAUGUUUUGAAAGCGGUAGCAUCCGAAUGGGGAGAUAAGAUCCAAGAUAUGGAAGAAUUCCAUGUGAUCCCACUGAAGGGAGCUAUGACUAACGAGGUUUUUCAGAUAAACUGGCCGACAAUACAUGAUGAUCUUCAUCAGAAGGUGUUGGUCAGGAUUUAUGGUGAAGGAGUGGAAUUGUUUUUCAAUAGAGAUGAUGAGAUUAGGACCUUUGAGUGCAUGUCCAAGCAUGGUCAGGGACCGAGGCUACUUGGGCGGUUUCCUGAUGGGAGGAUUGAGGAAUUCAUCCAUGCCAGGACACUCUCUGCUGCUGACCUCCGUGACCCUGAAAUAUCUGCUCUGAUAGCAGCUAAAUUGAGAGAGUUCCACAAUCUGGACAUGCCUGGUCCAAAGGAUGUGCUUCUCUGGAAGCGAUUGAGGACCUGGCUUGGUCAUGCAAAGAAAUUCUGUUCACCAAAAGAUGCAAAAGACUUUUGCUUGAAUGUUCUAGGUGAUGAAAUCAACGUACUAGAGAAAGAGUUAGCAAAGGACUAUCAAGAAAUUGGAUUUUGUCACAACGAUUUACAAUAUGGUAACAUAAUGAUGGAUGAAGAGACAAGAGCAAUUACCCUAAUCGAUUAUGAGUAUGCAAGUUACAAUCCAGUAGCUUACGAUCUUGCUAAUCACUUUUGUGAGAUGGCAGCAAAUUAUCAUACUGAGACUCCCCAUCUUUUGGACUACAGCAUAUACCCUGAUAUGGAGCAGCGCCGGAGAUUCAUCUGUGCAUAUCUCAGAUCUUCAGGUAACGAACCCAUUGAUGCUGAAGUGGAGCAGCUACUUAUCGAUGCAGAGAAAUACACUCUUGCUAAUCAUCUGUUUUGGGGCUUAUGGGGAAUUAUCUCGGGUCAUGUAAACAAGAUAGACUUUGAUUACCUGGAGUAUGCAAGGCAGAGAUUUCAGCAGUACUGGUUAAGCAAGCCCUUGCUCUUGGGUUCCUGACUCCUGAGCCAUUGCCCAUGUUAACAAAUAACAAUGUGGCCUUAAACUGCACCUAUAGAUUUACGAAGGUUAUGUAUAAUAAACCUUGUUUGUUGGUGGUCCCUAUAAAAAAAUACACUUGUAAAUAACAUAGUUUUGAGUUUGGUUGGGGAUUAUGCAUUUAUAAGAUAGGGCUGGAUAAAACUUAUUUAUUCCAUUAGAGUAAGCCAAAUAAAUAGAAAAGGAUUGUAGCAUUAAUCAGGAAACAAAUCCCUUGUAAAAACUUCUUAAAAGGUCUCAACUGACUUUUGUUGAAAUAUCUAUCUAAUUAAUUCUAAAAUUAUCCCAUAA